CUGUUUUGUACCAUUGAUCGUUUUUCCAUUCGACCCGGGAUUUGGGUCUUCGACCCGUCCUUUUUUACUGUUUUAGGUAGAAUUCCAUUGUUAAACAAUCCAGAAAAUCUUGUGGGUUUAUUUUCCAAUUUGGGGGAGUGUGGAAGGACUAUAAUUCAUCUUCCUCAUCUACCCUCGACACCUCAUUGCAGCGCUCCAAACUUUGCGAAAGGAUUUCAUUUUGUGGAGAUUUCCCUGUUCUUCGACAAUGGCAUCUCCAGUUUCGACGACGGCACUUGUAAUUCAACUGAUGGAGGAGGUUAUGCAUAGCCAUCAACUUGAUGUUAUUGCAAUGAUUCUCAUAUAUCUACAACAGAACCGUCGGAGGCUGAACCAAAGAUCUGUACGAGCUAUUUAUGGUCGUAUCAAAAGGAUACCAGACCAAGUGAGGCAUAUUAAUCGCUUGGUCAAUGUAUCCGAUGUGGCAUGUUUAGAAAACUUGCGUAUGGAUCGGAACGCUUUCGGAAGGCUAUGUCGCAUAUUCAGACAAACUGGUGACCUAACAGACGGCAGGUUUGUGAAGGUUGAGGAGCAGGUCGCGUUGUUUCUAUCUAUCUUGGCACACCACAAAAAGAAUCGCGUUGUCAAAUUUGAUUUCCUGCGUUCUGGAUACACGGUUUCUCGCUAUGUUCAUCGUGUCCUACGAGCUGUGAUUAGGUUGCAAGCCUCUCUGCUUGCUAUACCGGAACCGAUAACAGAUGAUUGCACCGACAACAGAUGGAAGUGGUUCAAGGGGUGCCUUGGAGCUCUAGAUGGGACUUAUAUCAGCUUACACGUGCCCCAGACUGAUAAACCUCGGUAUCGUUCACGAAAAGGUCAAAUUUGCACCAACACCUUAGCCGUUUGUGACCGGGAUAUGAAGUUCGUGUAUGUGCUACCGGGAUGGGAGGGAUCUGCAGGGGAUGCUCGGGUCCUCCGCGAUGCUGUGAAUCGCCCCAAUGGAUUGAAGGUUCCUCGAGGUAAUUACUAUCUAUGCGACAAUGGUUAUGCAAAUAGUGAUGGUUUCCUAACUCCCUUCAAAGGUGUCCGCUACCAUCUAAAAGAAUGGGGGCCCGCUACUGAGGCUCCUCAGAGUCCACGUGAAAUUUUCAAUAUGAGACACACGCGUGCACGAAAUGUCAUCGAGCGUGCGUUCGCUGUACUUAAAAUGCGUUGGGGAAUCUUGAGGAGUGCAGCCUUUUACCCGGUGAAGGUGCAGAUUAGGCUUAUUAUGGCUUGCUUUCUACUUCACAACUAUGUGCGAGGCGCAAUGUUAUCCGAUCCAAUCGAAUUGGCAAUGGAUGGAGGUCAUAUUGACAAUGAUUUAGAAGCCGAGGCUGUUGAAAAUGAGUUUGUUGACACAGUUGAGCCUACAACAGAGUGGAAUACUCAUCGAGAUGCCUUAGCACAAUCGAUGUGGAAUGUGUACACCGGUGCUCCGCUCUGAUGCAUCAUCAACGAAGACAAGCAGAAGUUUCACCUUUUGAGUCAAGUUGAAGUGGUUCAACUCUUCCUAGCACUAUGUAAUAUGUAUGGGAUGUUUUUGAAUGUAUGAACAAGGAUUAUGAAUCAUGAGCACUCUAUGUUACUAAAACUCUACCCUAUGCAUAUGAAUUUGUGUGAAUGAGUAUAUAUUUUGCUCCAA